AUGGCAGCCAGUAUCCGGCAGCGGCCGGGUUUGGCCUGUGAGGAGUGCCGAAGGCGAAAAGCACGAUGUGAUCGUGCCCGGCCAAUAUGUGGAAGUUGUAUAGAGAAUGGGACGGCGUGUAUAGUGAAUGAGAAACGCCCACAACGAGGUCCAAAGAAAGGGCAGCUUCAAGCAUUGCGAAGCCGAGUCGCAAUGCUCGAACGUCAACUUGUUGGCCAGCUUGAUGGCUUUGAUGGGGAAGCGACGAAGCAACGAACCACACCAGUAUCAACACCUCCAUUUGAAGAAAUCCCCGUCCCCAUUCGGGAGAGAGACACUACUAUACUGAAUCAAGACUCUUUUGACAUCGGAAACUUCUUCACCCAGACAGAUGGUAGAUCACCGGAUCUUACAUAUUUGUCCGACUUCCAAGAACUCCCUGAGCUAUCGCCUGAUUUCACCAAUGUGGACGCUAUAUCUGCUACCUGCAUGGAUUGGCAUACGGCUGGUGGCAUCAUUAUGUCCAAUAUAGGAACAACGACGCCUGUGAAGCAAUACGAAGCAAUCCCAACACACAUUAGAGAUAAUCUGUGCCUCCCUGCCUUGGUUCGAGCAGAUUUGGAUCAACUGUACUUCGAACGUGUCCACCUUGUCUCCCCUAUCGUGCACAAGCAGAAAUAUUUUGAAUGGGCGUUAGACCCGAGCCACUCUCCCACUCCUGCCCAAGCGUGUCUUCAGCGCGCGAUGCAUACCGCAGCUGCAGCCGCGUCUUCGCAGUUUCGGGAGAUCGAGGAUGCCCUUUAUCUGGACACGCGCGAGAUGCUUAGCGCGCUGGAAAGCAGAUGUGUUGGUGGAAGUAGGAAAUAUCGACCUCGGUCUGCCAGCAACAACAUGCCAUUGGAGCAAAUCCAGGCAUGGCUCCUUCUCGCGCAAUAUGAGUUUCUACGCAAAAACGAAGACCAAGCAAUGAUCACGGCUGGCAGAGCUUUUCGGCUUGUCCAGCUGGCGAGGUUGUUUGACGUUGACUCUCCAAGUUCAUCAUCUGCUGUGACAGGAUUUACUACAGAGGGUGGAGAAGGCGUUGGUUAUGGCAAUGAGCAUACUGGGCUUCAGUCAACCCAGGAGCCUUUCGCUAGAAGGGAGGAGAAAAGAAGAGUGUUUUGGAUGGCAUACUGUUUGGAUAGAUUUCUGAACUGGCGCAAUGAGUGGCCAUUGACUCUUGACGAAGAAACAAUACACACCCGUCUCCCAGCACCCGAGACCAACUUCCAACAUAAUCAACCGAUUCAGACUGAUUUCUUACUUGAUGUCUUGGACGGCAAUGGACAAGCGCCAGUAGCAACCCCUUUUGCUGAAUGCAUCCUCCUCGCGACACUAUGUGGCAGAUGCAUGUCCCACCGGCGCCUCGCAUCAGUAGUGACCUUGUCCAAGGGGGGAUGUGAGCCACGCGAGUUCUGGUCCAGACACGACUCUCUGGCAGCAGCCGUGGAGAAACGUCGUCAGUCAAUUGCCCAAAGCUUCCACUGCUCCAGUAGUAGUGGCAAGUGGAAUGGCCCAUCGGUUCCUGCGCCUGCAUCAAAUCUCGACAUCGAUCCAAUGCUUACCUUCACCUACGUACUAGCUCAGGGUGCCAUAAUCUAUCUAAGCACGACAACCGAGACUGCCAAUUGGCAGUCUGUCGAACAUCAGGUUAGGGCAUCGACCUAUCAGCAGAGAGCAUUCCGGGCGGCGGUUGAGCUGGUACAUCUGGCCAAAGUCAUUCCAAGAAUCGGGCGGUUCAAGGUCCACCCGUUUGUGCCGAGUGCACUCUCACAGGCCGUGGAAUUUCUCACUUCUCACACUAACUCGCCAUGUAUGGUCACAUCAGGUGGGGAAGAUACAGCAGAUGGUUUGGCCGCAUUGUUUAACGCACUUGACAACUUGAAAGAUAUCAACAAUCUUGCCCGGGAGCUUCUAGAUGAACUAGACCAGGAAGGCACUUGCCGAGGCUAUAAGAGAGCCAAUUAUAUGUAUUAG